GUAGGAGGCGGGGCCUGGGGGAUCUGCCCAAUCUGGCGCCACAGGGGCGGUGCCGGGGCCACCCUCCAAUCAGAACGUGAAGGGCCUCAGGCUGCCCUAUCACAGUGCGGCAGUGCGGUGUCUCGGAGAAUUGCCCAAUCGAGGUGGUGGGGAGUUAUCUUCGGAACAGCAUCCAAUCAGAUCGCAUUGCCUGAAGCAACGCCCAAUCCGUGCUUGGGGGCGCAUAGCGCGGUGCAUUUAUAUUACCGGGUCCGGAAACACUCCAAUCAGGCCCUGGUGGGUGGGGGAUGGGGUGAUGCCAUCCCGCUCGGUGAGUGUGAGCUCUGAGUCGUGGCUGCUGGUGUGCGCUUGUCCCGCGCUCACCCAGUUUUCCGGUCCGCUAGCUCCUCGGUUGGAGGAGGGGCACGUGAGGGCCGCGGAGUCGCCGGGUCGCGGGAUCAAGAGGAGGACGCCCGGAGAGCUCCGUGUGCGGCCGCGAGAUGGCCUCUGUGGUCUUUGUGGAUGUGGCUGUGAACUUCACCCCGGAAGAGUGGGCUUUGCUGGAUAGCGGUCAGAGGAACCUCUACAGAGAUGUGAUGCUGGAGACCUGCAAGAACCUGGCCUCAGUGGAUUAUUGCAUUCGAGUUAAUACCAGUGGAUCAAGUCCUCAGUGGGAUGUUUUGGAGGAUGAACCAUCUCAUGAAGAAAAAAUAGUAAGAUUUGCAAGAAACGAUUCCUGGUCUGUUUUUGGAGAAAACCAGACAUUUCGUAGCAGAGGAGAUUACCUGCAAACCCAGGAAAGGCGUUUGAGAAGUCCUUUUGUGGCGAGUGUCUGUGAACGUAUCGAAGGAGAUCAACGCGGAGGCACCCUGAACCCGAUUACAAGUCUUACCGCGCACCAGGGGUAUCCCACCGGAGGCAAAUCCUGUCAAUGCGCUAAGUGUAGAGAAGCCCUCACAGGUGGUUUUUUCCUAGGGAAUCUGCGAAGAUUUCACCCAGGACUCAAACCUAGUCCCUGUGAGGAAUGUGGGCUGGCCUGUAGCUGUGUCGCGAGCCUCAGCACUCAGGUGGACGCAGGCCUUGUAGAGAAACCCUAUGAAGGUCAGGACGCCGGGAGAGCAUCGGAGACGUACGCGAAGAGUCUCAGUAGUAAAAUAUCUCUAGAGUGCAAGAAAUGUGGAAAAGCUUUCAUUUGCACGUCUUCCUUUCAGGGUCACGUGCGAGGUUCCUGUGGACAGAGUGUCCAUGCGUGUGGCGUGUGUGGGAAUGCCUUUAUGUUUCACUCCCGUCUUACGUGUCACAUGAGAACUCACGCCGGGGAGAGGCCCGGUGAUUGCAUAGACUAUGGGAAGGUUUACAGCUGCCUCUCUUACGCUCAAGGUCACUCAAGUAAUCAACCUGGGGAAAGAAUUUUUCAGUGUGGGCUCUGUGGGAAAGCCUUCACUCGUCGGACCUACCUUCAAAGUCACGUGAGAACGCAUACUGGGGGAAAACCCUAUAAAUGUCAGGAGUGUGGAAAAGCCUUCACUCGUCGGGCCUACCUUCAAAGUCAUCUGAGAAAGCACAGCGGAGUGAAAUCCUUCAAGUGCCAGCAGUGUGGAAAAGCCUUCUAUUCGUCCUCGUACCUUCAAAUACAUGCACGGAUACAUACUGGGGAGAGACCCUGCGUGUGUCAGCAUUGUGGGAAAACGUUCAGAUACCCCGCAAACCUGCGAGCUCACGUGAGGACACACACCGGGGAGAGGCCCUACGAAUGUAAGGAGUGUGGAAAAACCUUCAGUCGUGUCUCCUCCUUCCGAAGGCACGGGAAAACCCACAGUUGAGUCAAACAUCUGAAAGUACGGAGUGUCGUUCCUAAUCCGUUCUAUUCUUCAUUCCUUCGAUACGGAACAACGCACGCUGGGGAGAGACGCUUGCGAGUAGUGCGGGAAAGCUUUCAGGCAGCUCCAGCAUUUGCAAAGUCAUUUGAGAUACAGUUGCGUGAAACCCUAGGAGAGUAAAGAGUGUGGGAAAGCGUAGCAGGUUCACUCCUUCCUUGGAGGACGCACAGUGGGGAGAGACCCUUUGAAGGUCAGCACUGUGGGAAGACGUUCAGGCGUCACGGCUCCCGUCAAGAACACGUGAGGCUGCACGGUGGACGGUGAGCCGGUGAAUCUGAGGACUCUGGCGGGGCCUUCCAGUGCCCCGUAGACCUGCGGGAGCGUGUGACGACUCACACUGGGCGCUGUGGGAGAGCCCCCAGUCGUCCCUCCUCCCACCGAGGACACAUGUGAAGGAAAACACGGCGAAGUGUAGCCUGACAACGUAGGGACCGUGGAAAAGCCUUCGGGCAUCCCAGGAACCUGUGAGCACACACACACUGGGGACUAGCCCUGAGCACAGCACCUGUGGCAAAGCCUGCAUUCUCCCCUAAUAGUCAUAUUUAAAACAUGAGCAAACACCACGGAGAGAAAUCUUCUCGAUGGGAAAAGUGUCGGAAAAGCUUGGAAGGAUCGUAGGUCACGUAUUUUGUCCAUGGCAGGUCAGGCAGCCCCGGCAUCUUCUAAUUGUUGUAAAUAUGGAUUUGUCUUUGCAAAUGCCUCUUCCUUACAGGGAUCCCAAGUGCGUUAAUUCCAGCUCAUGCCUAAGAAGCAUCCCACUGUGUCCUUCUCACCUGUAGGGCAUUAUUUUGUUAUCUCAGAUCCGAAAACCGCACACAGUUAUGGCAAACGUGUCUCCACGACGAUGUCUUCUGGACCCAGGGCUGAUCAGUGGUCUGUACGUGUAUCUCGUCCUCUGGUGCAGAGACUAGAACUCCCCGACUCCGCCCUGCCCCUUCUUGCGGUCUCUAUUAUUGAAAGUUGUGUCUCCACGUGUGCUGUUGCUGCCGUGUGCCCACCUGUGUUCCCCAUGGACGUUAGUAAACGCGCAAGGAUACUGGAGGAGGACAGUCUCCUCUGAUCGUG